UUGUUGGAAGAGCAGAGUUUAAAUGGCAGUUACUCCCUCAGAAGCUGCAGCGACGGUAUCCUAGCAACGGCGAAGUCAGGGAGCUUCUCAUCAGAUGAGCAGCCGCAAGGAGAUAAACAGCGACAAAACACAAUCGGAGACUUUUCGGCUUGUGUGUGUGGUUUUUUUUGGGGGGUGUCAGGAGGCAGAGUGGGUGGAAAAUGUAAAAACUUACCCAAAUGGUUACCGUCUCCCCUCGGACAAGAUGGGCAGCGGCCUACAGGGUUUCUCCGGGCGAUGCCUCGCCUUCCCCCGAGCCGGCCGUGAAGCCGAGAGCGGCUGGAAAGGCCAAACCUCAUCCCUGACAAGAUCCCACCGAGGACCAGACUCCCGGACUAAGCCAAGCCGUCAGACUCUGACUGCAUAGAGUUCUGAAAGGUCGGCAACACUGCAAAUCACUGCUACGCACUAUGAUUUUCAACUACAUGGAUGAGGAAUGCCUUGCAGGGAGCCCCCACCUUCACCAGCACUUAAGACAUAGCUGAUAAGUGGAUUUAUCAUGAUUGCAACUGGAGGGCUUCUUCGUAUUUCAGCCAGAAGACAAGAUUCCUUUCGAUCACGUAAUCGUGUUAGUAAACGCAAAAAGAAAGCAAAAAAGAAAUGCAAGAGUGAUGUAGUAGUGGUUAAAGGCAAACUGAAGCUGUUCUCCAUUUCUGGACUGAUUGCUGCUUUUGGAAUCCUAGUACUAUUAGUGGGAAUAGCAAUGACAGUGAUGGGCUACUGGCCUAAAGGCACUGACAUUUUUGAAACUAUUAAGGUCCAGUCUAACAAUACUACCAAUAGCACCGUUUUAGAGAUGACAACACUGGAGAUUAUUUCUAAAUUUUUAGCAAGCUAUUUGCAUUCUGAGAAACUGAAGGUUUUAGGACCCCUCAUAAUGGGAAUCGGUAUUUUUUUGUUCAUCUGUGCCAAUACAGUUCUUCACGAAAAUAGAGACAAGAAAACCAAAAUAAUUAAUAUACGAGACAUCUAUUCUACAGUUAUAGAUGUACACAAUUUGAGGACAAAAGAUUGUGGGCCACUUAAUGGUUUUGUCAACUAUGUACAAUCUAAAAGCAUGGAUAAUCUCAAAUCUCCUGAUUCUUUCUGUGCAGCAAUGUUGGCCAAAAGUACUUUGCGGACACCUAUUGGUAAUGCUGUAAAGCCUAUAGAUCCAAAAGAAAAUGUUGGUAAAAAGAACUGCGAUUUUGUAGCAAACUUGCAGCAACAAAUCCCCAAAGAUAGAAAGACAUUCUCUGAUACUGUGUACAGUAUUUGCAGAGACCAAAUCAGAGUAAAUGAUAGAACCCAAAUGCCCCAAAUGUGUGGGACUAAGUCAAUUGUUACUUCUUCCAUUAGUGCAUUCACACUGCCCAUCAUCAAACUGAACAACUGUGUCCUGGAAGAGGGAGCAGCCAGACAUGGAAGCAAUGAGAAUGAAGCACAAAUUUCAGAAAAAUGUAAGGAAACUCAACAAGCAUUUGAACAUUUUGCUUCUGAUCAAAUGGGAAGUGUUGAAUCCAUUUCAGAGGAUAUAACCAUAGGAAGUGAUCACCUUGGAGAUGAUAACCAGGACAUAGAUGCAGAAGCUUCAAAUACCUCUUGGUUAAAUGAUAACCAGUUGGUAUCCAGCAAAAAUUCCCAAAAACCCUCUUCCCAAGUUUCCCAGGUUUCUCCUGUUCCAUUCCAGAGAACAGAAUCCAGUCUUUCUCUCCAUGCUUUGUCAGUUCAUUCUAAACAUAUGAAUCUUGAUGACUGUCCUUCCACAUCCACAAGAGAGGAUGAGGAGAAAGAUCCAAACUGCACACAUUUAGAUUGCAGCAACAGUAAGGGCUACAUAACGUUCAGUAAUGAGGACUCUUUUCACUCUACUCCUGUGCUACCAGAAGCCAUAGCUAUAACUGGUGAUUGUACAGAGAAUCUUCACAGCGAUAUCAUACAAGAAAGUACAAUAUCAAGCAAUGAACAAAAGGUGGACAAACCUCAAAGAUCUGUGCAAAGACAGUACACAAAGAGAGAGAAAUUGCUCAUGAUUUCUGGUUCCCACAGUAGUCUUAGGAUGGACAAUGUUGAAAUUGAUAGUAAUUAGUAAUCAUACACUAUAAUAUAAUCAUAUAUAGUUGGGUUCAGAGACUCAAAAGUGCAGUAAAAGCUAUGACAGAUGACAAUAAUAUGUUGCUUUUCUGUAAUUAUUGAUGAUUACUGAAUGUCAGUCAGGCUCCACAGACUUCUAGAAUAUUGUUGUGGAACUAAUUAUCCAAUUUCUUUAGUUGCUUCCAAACGUAAAUGCAUCAGCUACUGGGUGUUCAUCUUGGUUAAACACCAGUUUAAAAAUUUUAAUAUGAUCAGUUAUUUGUUAACAGCUUGUGAAAAUUAAAUAUUCAGACAUUCUAGGUUUGUAAGGUUACAGUUUGGAACCAUCAAAAUAAGCCGAUUAAUAUACUGAAUUCAAUAUUCCUAUAAAUCAAAGGAUGUAUAGAUAU